ACCUGGUCUACACCAGCUCACUUGCGGCCAUGCAGGCGAAGGCAGUGUGCGAGCAGGCGUGCGAGCUACUGCGGGAGCGGGCGGGGAGCGCCGGGGAGGCGAGAGGGGCGUCGCUGGAGGAGGCCGCGAAGGCGGCAGAGGCGGCUUCGGAGCCACAGCAGCCGAUGACGUUGAUGUCGAUGGUGGAGCCGGGGGCAGGGCUGGAGCUUGAGGGCUUUCUGGCGCAAACUCCGAGUAAGCCUUUGAGUGGGGAAGAGUUCGAUGGCAUGGGACAUCAUGACGAAGAGCCUUCAGAAUUCAGUCAUUUUGUGUCCCCGCCGGAAACGAGCUUGACCUCGAAUCUGUUUGACCCGGUCUCCCAUCCUUGUGGUUUCAGUUUUCAAUUCUUGUAAAUGUAGUGUGUUUUUAUACAAUUAUUAGCCUUGUUUGACUUGAAAUUAAAACGAAAUGUGAUAUUCAACG